AUGAGUUGCCCAAUGUGUGAUGUUGGGUUAUGCAAAGAAUGCUGUAUACACUGUACCAUUUUGGCUGGAUGUCCUCCGACCGACAUUUUAGCUGAAAAAGAAUAUACUAGCAUUCAAUUAAAAGCUGGUAAUACAACUGUCGAUUGUUUCAGUGAGAUCUUCUUAGCUAGAGAUUUUUACUUUCAGAAAGGUUUAGACAUUCAUCCAGCUUUGUUGAAACGGCAUAAAGGCCUCCCGAAUAUGACAGGCUACACGGUUUUUACAGAUGGAUCUAAAUUAAAUGGUUAUGUGGGGGCAGCCUUUUGUGUGUUCUCAGAUGAGAAACUAAGCUUACAGAGGAAAUAUAGACUUUCUGACAAUGCUUCUGACUAUCAGGCAGAGUUAGUGACCCUGCGAGAGGCCUUAUAUUGGCUUAUUUCUAAUUCUGCGCUAGAUCCUGUAGAAAUCUAUAAAAAAAAAAACAAACACCCAACCCCAACCCCCAACCCAACCCAACCCAACCCAACCCAACCCAACCAACCCAACCCAACCCAACCCAACCCAACCCACCCAACCCAACCCAACCCCAACCCACCCAACCCAACCCAACCCAACCCAACCCCCCCCAACCCAACCCAAACCACCAACCCAACUCAACCCAACUCAACCCAACUCAACCCAACCCAACCCAACUCAACCCAAAACCCAAACCCAACCCAACCCAACCCAACCCAACCCAACCCAACCCAACCCAACCAACCCAACCAACCCAACCCAACCCAACCCAACCAACCCAACCCAACCCAACCCAACCCAACCCAACCCACCCAACCCAACCCAACAACCAACCCAACCCAACCCAACCCAACCCAACCCAACCCAACCCAACCCAACCCAACCCAACCCAACCCAACCCAACCCAACCCAACCCAACCCAAACCCAACCCAACCCCCAACCCAACCCAACCCAACCCAACCCAACCCAACCCAACCCAAACCCAACCCAACCAACCCAAACCCAACCCAACCCAACCCACCCAACCCAACCCAACCCAACCCAACCCAACCCAACCCACCCACCCAACCCAACCCAACCCAACCCACCCCACCCAACCCCAACCCAACCCAACCCAACCCAACCCAACCCACCCAAACCCAACCCAACCCACCCAACCCAACCCAACCAACCCAACAACCCAACCCAACCCCAACCCAACCCAACCCAACCCAACCCACCCAACCCAACGCCCACCAGCGGCCGAGAG